AUGGAGGCCUCUCGCUGUAGCUCGAGGGACGCGACGCUGCAGCUUCCCGUCGCGCUCUUAUCCGUUCCCGCCGUCGCCCCCUCGCCGCGCGCCGACCUCUGCCUGUCCCUCGUCAUCGCCCCGGCCCUGGCGGCUCCCUUUCCCCGUCUGGAUAGCCUCUACCUGUUGGUCCAACUUCUCUGUAUUAUCCGUAUAUCUGCAUCGCCGGAAUCUGAUAAAAGGAAUCUAUUUGCUCUGAGGAAUGCAAUUCCUCAAGGGAAAGGCUUUCUCCAUGACUGGUUUGAUCCAAAAACUCCUCCAUGCAGCUGGUCAGGUAUAACUUGUGCGGGAGACGCGGUUGUGGCCAUAGAUCUGUCCCAUGUGCCACUCUAUGUCCCCUUUCCGUCAUGCAUCGGGACAUUCCAGUUGCUUGUUCGGUUAAAGGUCAGUGGAUGUCAGUUCAAUGGUGAGCUCCCAGAAGUUGUGGGAAAUUUGCGGCAGCUCCAGUACCUAGACCUGAGCAAUAAUCAGCUCGCUGGCCCCCUACCAGUUUCACUAUUUGACUUGAAGAUGCUUAAAGAACUGGUGCUUGACAAAAACUGCCUUUCCGGACAACUGAGCCCUGCCAUUGGUCAGCUUCAGCACCUCACUAAGCUAUCCAUGUCCAUGAAUUCCAUCUCUGGAAGCCUUCCUCCAGAGCUGGGAACCUUGCAGAACCUGGAGUUUCUGAACCUUAACAGGAACACAUUCAGUGGGUCGUUACCGGCAGCUUUCAGUAAUCUGACCCGGCUCUCAUACCUUGCCGCAAGCAAUAACAGCCUCACUGGAUCAAUAUUUCCUGGAAUAGGCACAUUGGUGAACCUCAGGAGACUUGUUUUGUCGUCAAACGGUUUGACUGGGCCAAUUCCUGAGGAGAUUGGUCAACUAGAAAACCUGGAAGUUAUAAAUUUAAUGAACAAUGGUUUCACUGAAAGCAUUCCAGAAGAGAUUGGUCACCUGAAGCGGCUAAAAGUGCUUAAACUCUCCAACUGCAAGUUCAAUGGUGCCAUACCUCGGUCAAUCGGUGGUCUUGAAAGCUUGAUGACUCUUGAUAUAUCAGGGAACAACUUCACUGCUGAACUCCCAACAUCUGUCGGUGAACUGAGCAAUCUAAUUAAAUUGUUAGCAGUUCGUGCAGGGCUCACUGGGGCCAUACCGAAAGAACUUGGUAACUGCAAGAAGAUUACUGUUAUAGACCUGUCCUUCAAUCAUUUUACUGGCUCUAUCCCUGAAGAACUUGCAGAGUUAGAAGCUAUUAUCAGCUUUAAAGCGGAAGGUAACAGACUGUCGGGUCACAUUCCAGAUUGGCUUCAAAACUGGGGGAAUAUUAAGUCCAUAUCGUUGGUGAACAACAUGUUCAGUGGGCCUCUGCCAUUGCUGCCUUUGCAGCAUUUGGUUGAAUUCUCUGCCGGAAAGAACCUGCUCUCAGGCCCUAUCCCUGCCGGGGUGUGUCAAGCUAUCUCUCUGCGGUCACUCAACUUGUAUAGUAACAAUCUGACAGGGAGUAUCAAGGAGACAUUCAAAGGAUGCAGGAACCUCACUAUACUGAGUUUGCAAGUUAACCAGCUCUGUAGUGAGAUACCAGAAUACUUGGCUGAGCUACCGCUAGUAAGCCUGGAUCUCACCCAGAACAAUUUCACGGGGUCUCUGCCUGACAAGUUCUGGGAGUCAUCAACUGUUCAGGAACUCUAUCUCAGUGACAAUAACCUCACCGGCAUGAUCCCUGAGAGCAUUGCCGAACUUUCCCACUUGAAGAUUCUGCGGAUUGACAAUAACUACUUGGAAGGACCAAUUCCACGGUCGGUCGGCACUCUAAAGAGUCUGAUAACAUUGUCUCUGCGUUGCAAUAUGUUGUCUGGGAACAUCCCGGUAGAGCUCUUCAACUGCACAAACCUCGUCACGCUAGACCUGAGCUAUAACAGUCUGACCGGACACAUCCCAAGGGAGAUAUCACGCUUGACACUGCUUAAUAGUUUGGCUUUGUCUAAUAAUCAGCUGUCAGGCACUAUCCCUUCCGAGAUCUGUGUGGGAUUCUCGCACGCGUCUCACGUUGAUUUGAGAUUUUAUCAGCACCAACGACUUCUUGACCUGUCAUACAACCAAUUGACUGGUCAGAUCCCAACAACGAUCAAGGAUUGUGCUGUAGUGGCGGAACUAUACCUGCAAGGCAACUUGUUGAAUGGAACUAUUCCUGCAGAGCUUGGCGAGCUGAUGGGUCUUGCAACCAUUGACCUGUCUUUCAAUGCAUUAGUAGGACAUAUGCUUCCUUGGUCUGCGCCAUCUGUACAACUUCAGGGCCUUUCUCUGUCUAAUAACCGCCUGAAUGGAUCCAUUCCUGCUGAGAUAGGCCACAUUCUUCCUGCAAUUUAUAAGCUGAACUUGUCGGGUAACACGCUUACUGGCAAUCUACCCCAGUCUUUGCUCUGCAACCAUCACCUAAGCCGUCUGGAUGUCAGUAACAACAACCUCUCUGGAGAAAUCCUAUUCUCCUGUCCCGAUGGGGAUGAAGGAUCCGCGAGUGCCCUGAACACGUUCAAUGCAAGCAAUAACCAUUUCUCAGGGAGCCUCGAUGUGUCUAUCUCCAACUUCACAGGGCUGACCUCUCUUGAUAUCCACAGCAAUAGCCUCAAUGGGAGCCUGCCUUCAGCUGUCUGCAAUGUUACCACUUUGAACUAUCUUGACUUAUCAAGCAACGAUUUCAGUGGCACCAUCCCAUGUGGUAUAUGUGAUAUGUUUAACCUUGUGUUUGCCAACUUCUCUGGUAACCACAUCGUUGGCACGUACAACUUAGCGGACUGUGCUGCUAAUAACAUCAAUCACAAGGCGGCUCAUCCAUCUUAUCAAGUUUCACUAGCGGCAAUCGUCUGUGGCAUUACGAUCAUUAUCAUUCUAUUGGUUCUUCUGGGGGUUUACUUGAGACGGAGACUAUUGAAGAGAAGGUCCUCGUGGGCUCUUGUACCUGCGAGCAAGACCAUGGUGACCUCCGAGGAAACCUUAAGGAGCAAACUCCUAGGGAAGAAGUCACGGGAACCUCUGAGUAUCAACCUCGCGACAUUUGAGCACUCACUGAUGAGGGUCGCCGCAGAUGAUAUCUUGAAAGCCACUGAGAAUUUCAGUAAUCUACACAUCAUAGGCGACGGUGGCUUUGGCACUGUCUACAGGGCAGCACUCUUCGGAGGCCGGCAAGUUGCUGUCAAGAGGCUGCACGGUGGCCACCAGCUCCAGGACAACCGUGAAUUCCAAGCUGAGAUAGAGACCAUUGGGAAGGUGAAACACCCAAACCUUGUUCCCCUCCUUGGCUACUGCGCUUCCGGCGAUGAGCGGUUCCUGAUCUACGAGUACAUGGAGCACGGGUGCCUCGAGGCAUGGCUGAGGAAGAACCGGACUGACGCAGCCUACUCGCUGGGAUGGCCAGACCGUCUUAAGAUAUGCCUUGGCUCUGCCAAGGGCCUGGCGUUCCUGCACCACGGCUUCGUGCCCCAUAUCAUCCACCGGGACAUGAAAUCGAGCAACAUCCUGCUGGACUGGGACCUGGAGCCGAGGGUCUCCGACUUCGGCCUCGCGAGGAUCAUCAGCGCGUGCGAGACCCAUGUCAGCACCAACCUCGCCGGCACGCUCGGCUACAUCCCCCCGGAGUACGGGCUGUCGAUGCGAUGCACCGCAAGGGGCGACGUCUACAGCUUCGGCGUCGUCAUGCUAGAGCUGCUGACCGGGCAGGAGCCAACGGGGCAGGAGGUGGAUGAAGGCGGCGGAAGCCUCGUCGGCUGGGUGCAGUGGAUGGUGGCGCGCCGCCGCGAGAAGGAGGUGUUCGAUCCCUGCCUCCUGCCGGCUUCGGGCGCGUGCAGGCAGCAGAUGGCGCGCGUGCUCGCCAUCGCCCGGGGCUGCACCGCUGACGACCCGUGGGCGAGGCCGACCAUGCUGGAGGUGGUGAAGGGCCUGAAAGCGACACAGAUGAUGGAAAGCACGCCUCCGGCGACGACGACACUCUCCAGAGCGGGCCUCCGGUGGUGACAGGCUCUCUCCAGGGAGGACAUGUGAUCCAAUGAUAAACCCUUUUUGCGAGAGAUAACCUUUCUUCUUUUCAUUUCAUUUCUGAAAGGCGAUAGCCCAAUCGUUGUAAGCUUGUAUCAGCGGAGUAAGCUUCAGUUAUCUGGAGAAUGUGACGAGUCGCUGCAGCAACGGUGCUGCUGAAGUGCUGAUCAAGCUGCGUACAUGUAUCCUCAAAUAAUGCUGUGGCUCUUCUUU